AUGCUGUUGACGAGCGUCUUCUUGCUCUUGCAUUUCUACCUCAGCGAUUGUCUUGAGGUAAUCGCUCCACAACUCGAUCCAAACGCUUUUCAAGGAGUGAUCAAUCGACUACCGGCAUGGGUAGCCGACGAGUUUCCCGACAUUCGGAUAGGCAGCUCGAAAGUUUUGCGAAAAGGCACAAUCCGUAUCUCGAUGAACACGGACGGCCAAAAAGUGUUGAUUGCCGAGAGUGCAGUCGAUGCUUUGUACGGCAUUCAUUACUAUCUCCGAAACUAUUGCGCGAGUUCAAUCUCGUGGGAUGGCUCAUCUUUCUCAAAUGGAUGCGAUCGAGUGGAUGGUGAUCUCUCGAUCUUUCUCGAGUCACCGCCAAUUCGCUUCUUCGGCAAUCCGGUCACCUAUUCGUAUAGUUUUGUCUGGUGGAAAUGGGAGCAAUGGGAGCCGUUCAUUGAUUGGCUUGCAUUGAACGGUUUCAACAUGUUCCUCACCCCGCUUGGCCAGGAUUCCAUCUGGAGAGACGUCUAUUUAGAGUUGGGCAUCCCGAAAGCCGCAAUCGAUCACUGGCUGGCUGGCCCGCCAUUUCAGGCCUGGCAAUGGAUGGGCAAUCUUCAAUCGCUUGGCGGCUCGCCUUCAGAGCAAUUCCUUCGAAAGCAAUUGGAUUUGAAUCUCAAGAUCGUCAAUCGAUUGACCUCGCUCGGGAUUGUGCCCGUUUUGCCGACUUUCGACGGAAUUGUGCCCGACGCACUUUUUGACCUUUUCCCGAACGCGACUUUCCGCCGGAAUCACAGCUGGAACAAGUUCAACGGGACUUUCGCGCUCUCGCCCACCGAUCCACUAUUCCAGAAAAUCGCGCGACUUUACCACAAAAAACAACAAGCCUUUUACGGCGGAGUGGUGUCGAAUGUCUACUCAGCCGAUCCGUUCAUCGAGAAUUUUCCAAAACAAAACGGAAAACUCCAUCACCAUUCCGAGUCGAUCUUUGCCCAGACAGCUCAUGCCGUUUUCGAUGGAUGUCGACACUCGGAUCCGAAUUGUGUCUGGCUCGUCCAGGGUUGGAUGUUCCAAAAUGAGGCUUUUACUGCAAAAAUGGCCAAAGAUUUCCUCACCGCUGUGCCAAAGGGACGAUUGUUGGUGCUAGACUCUUUCGGUGAUCAAACUCCACUCUACGAUCGUUUCAACAAUUUCUGGGGUCAUCAAUUCAUUUGGUGUUUUCUGCAUAACUUUGGUGGUUCGCUGCAAAUGCACGGCAAUUUGAAGAGAAUAGGAAAGGCAUGGCAACAAGCUCGUUUAUCAGCACCAAAUUUGAUUGGCGGUGGAUUGGUGAUGGAGGGAAUCCACCAGAACUAUGUCCUCUACCAGUUCGCCAUCGACACUUUCUGGAGUCCCAAUCGCUUGGAUGUCUCCGAGUGGCUUUACACCUUCGGCCGAUCGCGAUACUCGGCUCCACGACGAGUGACCCCAGCUGUUCACAAGCUGUGGACUCUUCUAUCAGAGACUUUCUACAAUCAGCCACCAACCACCGACGAGCAUGUGCCCGUUUUCCUCUACAAUCGCCCGAAUAUGGAUGGCCGAAUAAAAUAUUGGUUCAGUACGUCAUUAUUCCCUCGAAUGGUCACCGCUUUCACCUCUUUGAAUGCAACACUUUGGGGAAACGAAAUGUUCAGACGAGACUACACAGAUAUUCUGAGGGAAACGAUACAGUACACGCUAGGGAAUCGACUUAUUUUGAGGGUCUACGAGUCGUACGCGAUUGGCGAUGGAGAAGAGUUGGAGAAAGCCUGUCAGAAGAUGGAUGACACGUUUGAGUUGCUAGACGGCACAUCGAACUUCGAUUUGCGGCCGAUUCUCCAAGCAGCCAGGAGUUGGGCUUCCAGCGAAGAGGAGGCGAAUCGCUUCGAGCGGAACACGAAAAUGUUGUUCACGCUGUGGGGACCGAAAGGGGAGAUCAGGGAUUACGCGCAUCGAGAGUACACGGGUUUGAUCAGCGGUUAUUAUCGUCGACGAUGGCGUUUCUUCUGCGAGUCUCUUCUCGAUGCUCGAUAUCAUUUUGAUCAGAAAAAAUAUGAUGAAGAAGUUUUUGAAUUCAUCGAGAAACCGUUCAUUGAGAAUCAGCUUGAAAUUUUGAUUCCA